GUGCUUUUCUGAAACCGGCCAAACCAUCACUCUGACAAAAGCUCGCAGAUCUGUCUCAGAAAGACAACCUGGAAGCGGCGUCUUGGCUUCGAGGAGCACACCUGUGUAACCCUCCGCUUAGACAGCCGCGUGGGAGGAAGCUGGAUGGUAAUUUGGCAGACGCUCAUCUCUCAUGAUAAGUAAAACGUGCGCUGUAAGUCUCCUCAGAGCGAGCAUUCUGCAGAUCAGCUAAACAUUUUAGCGGGAUCAAGACUGUGGGGAAAACAUCUACAGGCAGACAAAGCUCUUGCGAUUCCAGAACCUCCCCUCUAUCAGAAGUAUCUUACGCCCUAAACGCAACGAAAUUUGAAGUCUGCUUUCGAGAAGUUUGAGCAAUGCAGAGAGGUGUGGAGGUUUCAGAACAAACGAGGUUCUCAAGUCUCAAGCGGGAGCAUCAGCAGAGAAGGUUUCCAGCCUUCACAUGAUGCAACAAAGCAGACAGCAAAGGUCAUUCCUUUCCAGCAGAAAAAGCCCGCCUCUUCUCCUCCACCAAGGUAGCCUCUCCCCUCUGGCCCCUUGCCGACAUGGAUCCCCGCGGCCCCUCCCCAAAAAGGUUGCGCUUUGAAAGUCUCCGUGAGGAGGAGAUUGUCAUCCCCCGGAUCACAGAGUGGCAGUUUGAGACCCCGGAAGGAGCUGAGGAAGGGGAGAUCACGAGUGCGAGGCCCAGCAGCUCCCGACACAAUGUGGAUCUGCCGGCGCGCUUGCGCCCGAUCAGAUGGCGCAACAUUGGACGAAGCGCAAGGCGGGGUGGCCUCUGGAACCAGGUGCUCGAUUUCCUGGCUUGGGAAGCUGAUUGCAGGCGGUCGGGGGAAGGGAUAGAAGUCGAGCAGCGGCAUGAAAGCGGGAGGAGAGUGCAUCAGUCUGUGAGCAAUGAGGGGGAAGAGACGGGAGCACUGGGUGGCAUCGAGGCGUGGGGAGAGACGACCAGCGAUGGGCUCGACAGGGGGGAUGGAAAGGCGGCACCUUUCCUGUGCCCGCAACCACUUCCCAGCGGAAUGCUGGGGGUCGGAACAAAGGCGGGACCGGAUGAGGCGCGGGAGAUCCAGAGAGGCGGUUUUGAAGCACGGUCACAGUCAGAGAAGCGUCCGUCGACAGUCGAGUCGACGCUUUCACCCAGCCCCUUGGCAAACCCCGAGAAAGCUAGACCGGCUGCGCAUGGAGAGGGGGGCCCUAUCAGUGAAGCGGAGCUCUUGGGAGGUAUGAGCCCACAACAAGUGUCCGGCCUCGCGUCACCCACGCUCAAGGAACCCAAACAGCCCUCGGCAAGCCCAGCUGAAGCGUCCCCACUCAUACCCCCCCUGGCAACCAAUGGCACACCGGUCGAGGGGUUCCAAGCUGCAGAUGCAACGCCGGCCUCCGUGAAUACGGGGCCCUCAGGACCACAAACGGCGACUGAGAACGGAAGCCGGGAGGGGGUUUCUGGCAAUGCUGCGCCAGAGACUAUGAGCCGGGGGACGGCUGAGGUGUUUGAGGGGAGCAAGAUCGCCAAAGUAUCCCCUUGCGAGGUUGAGGCUGUGCAGGAUGUAAACCACGUGGAACAGUCAACAGCACCAGAAACAGCCGAGGCAGCUUCCCCAAAGACCGCAACAGACAUUCCCCAAGGUGCUGCCUUUGGAGCCGGACCAGGCAAUGGGAACCCUUGUAAGCUCGGGGCUCUGCACGAUGUGCACCACUUUGAACAGUCAAAGGCAUCAGCUUGCCUCAAGACUGCAGCGGACGGUCUCCAAGGUGCCACCUUGGGAGUCGGACAGGGCCCAGAAUUGUGUGGCGUAGGGGAAGGGGAUGAGGCUGGUACAAAGUCUGCGCCGACGGAAGGUUGCCAGCAGGCUGAGGCGUCGCGGUCUGGGGACACGCCUCCAGAAGAAGCUGCGCAGCCAGCCAAUGAGAUCGGGACAGGUGGCGCGAGUACGACCAGCCGGGCAAGCGUGGGAGACGGUCCCGUGGCGCACCCCGCUGAUUCGGUCGACGACUUGGCGCUUUCGGCCAGGAUUGCGGGAGCGCACAAGGGACCAGGGCAAGGUCGCUGCAAACCAAAGGGGCAAACAGGGGCACAGCAGCUGGGGGCAAGGGGGUCGGCCUCUGGAGCGGCGCGCUCAGGCGACUUGGCAGGAGGCGAAAGUGGUCUGCCAUGCAACGGAACGCCAUGCGACGGAGCUAAGGAAGGUGUACCCGGCAACAGCGGGAGUGCCAAUGUGCCCAAGGACCUGCCUGAGGUCCCGAACCAUGCGCCGCCUCUGCUCUGCCCACCCUCCAAAGACUGCCACGUGGCAUCGUCCGACCAAGGUGCAGUCAGCCCUACGGAAAGUGUUCACGCAAGAAUUCCGAAAGUGCCAAGUCGUUUGGAGGAGCAAACACAGAACGGAGACCUGCAGCAACUGGGAGCUCAACGACCCACUUUCGAGGCCCUGACCAGGGCGGCAAACCAAGGGGAAACAGGUGCCACGGACAGGCCGGUAUUAGGGGAGAUUCCUAGGCUGCCUCACCGCAACACACUUGCGGCAGAAGCGGACGAGGAAUCCGCUCGGAUCCCGAAACGUCCUAGAAGGGAAGAGUCGGAGGCAGCUCCCCACAAGGGGCCACGUGUCUCCCCCAGAGGGCCCGCUAAGAAAAUUGUCGAAACUCCCAACCCUGUCGGGGGUGAGUCUGAUGGGCAGGCACGCCAGCAACACAUCAGUGCGAGCCUGCCGCAGACGAUAGUUCCGGACCCCGCGAGUUCUGUGGCCCAGCCGUUCGUAGAUCCACUCUCAGUUGAGCUGACAUGGGGGGUUACGGGCGGCGAAAAGGACUGCGGGGCGGUGCCAAAUAACCUCUCGCAGCAAGGCGGCCCCUUAGCUCUCACCAACGAAGCUACGAGUCUGACUGAGGGGGGGCCAAAGUCGGAGGCCCUGCUUCCGGGGGGUUCUUCGCUGGAGCUUCCAGACAUGUCGGACGUGGAGCUAGCCGCUCUGCUGGAACACGUGCCCCUGCCGGACGGAGACGCGCCUCAUGCGGUUGACGGGAAUGAACCGGGGGGGCCGGAAGAGUGGUCCCUGUUGGGCCAAUCGCUUCUGGGGUCGUUCAAGAGCCUGCCGUGUCUGUUGACCGCUGCCCCCCCGGAAGUAACCGUCCCAGACACGCCCCGGAACCGGAGCCUCAAGCGGAGCUUUUCGGAGAUGGACGUUCUCACGGGGGCCAGGCAGGCGGAGCCAACCAUCAGGCCCCACGUGUCAAAGAAGGCGACGUUUGUCGUCACGGUUCCUGCCAAGCGAUUUCGGCCGUCCGUUGAGGCCAGAGUUGUGAUUCCCUCGAUGGAUGCUCCAACAGUCCUCGAGUCGACUCGAAACUGCAAUGAAACCGAAGAUUUGGACAGCCCCACGAUGUCAACGUCCUUCAUCGACCGCGACAUGGCGUUGUUCGGGCUCACGGGCCUUGGCACGUCUUUGGAGGAGGGACAACUGUCCCCCAAAUGUUGUCCUCCCGCGAAUGCGCCCACCCUGUCGAAACCCAGGAAAGGCCGAAAGCGUGCAACACGUUCCGUGGCCCUCGUUCCCUCUAGCUUCGCACUAACAAAGCCGAGAAACAAGAGGAAAGGCCGGGGUUCACCCGGCAAGCAAAAAUCCGAGGAGUUGGCGCUUGAUGAGGCACAAGAGGACUCACGCAGGGCCCUCUUGCUCGCCGAAAUUGCACGGGAGAUCAGCGAGCGGGAACGGGUGGUUGAGUCGGAGAGCCUCCUUCUCGACAGUCUUCAAAGAGCGCGGCGCAUCAAGCUCUGUGUAGAGACAAUUGACAUAAGAUAGCGCCUCAAGUCUGCUGGUUCUUCUCAGCAAAGCUUCCCCGGUAGCCUGAAACGGAAGAUGGUAGUGGCAUGCACGUGGUGGGUAUUUUAUAUAGGGAUUCGAUAGGGUCACUUGAGUCACCAACCGGAAGAGAACUUGGGGCAGCUAGGGGGUAGAGGAGGGCACAUGCAAUAAGAAGUGUAUUUGCCGUGAAUCCUUCAUUAAGCGAGCUUGACAGGGUUGAAUGUUGUGCACUAGCACGCUUCGUGUACUUUUCUAGUAUAUGGAUGGGGAGUGACGUCUAGGAUAAUCAAACAAUCGCUGAGUCGGACUCAUCCGAACUCGGACACAGAAUAGAGGACUGUGCGUGCGGCUAGCCCCCAGGUCGCAGAGUCCCGCACGUACCGCAACAGUGUAUUUUCUCCGCAAACUGGGGUAUUAUGAAUCUCAGUCUUGAUCUGACGCAAACAAAUACGACGAUACCGUAC